UUAGUUUUCAACAUAAUCCGUUUCGAGAUCGGGGUAUCAACAACAGAAAAAAGUUCUGCGUCUUUCUGUUUGACGGCUACCAGAGACGGUUAUACUUUUUCGAAGCCUCGCUACCUCCGAAGCUCCGGACUUCCAGUCAUAAAAAUCAUCACAAUGGCGUCUCUAUGUGGAAGAAAAGUGCUGAACGCUGCCCGGCGGAAUAUUACCUGCACUCCGGUGCGAUUCUGCAAUGCUCCGAUCGAGCACGCUACCGGUCUUGAAAAGCGCGAACUUCUGGCCAGACAGGCCGGGAAUAAUGACCCAUUCGAUAUGCGCGUGUUUAAGUGUGGCCCGGGAACCAAGGAGGGCCCCAACAUGAUUCCUUCGGUUUUCGAGUCCCGUCUAUCCCGACAGUAUGGAAGUGUCUGUGAGAAGAAUCAGACCUACAUUCAAGGAUGUGGCUGCACUAAGCGUUGCGAUUGUGGACACUGGUUCAAGCUGAUUGAAAAGGCUCCGUCUAAGCGUUUUGUCGAGAUGUAG